UCAAAAGUGUGCGUAUCACAGUACAGCCUCAUGUUUAGAACGCACUACAGAGGUCACCAGGCAACGCCCCCACCCACUAAAAAGGGCGGAGUCAAAAGGCUCUCGGAUUUUUUUCCGCUUCAUCAAGUCGUCGCCCCUUCCCAAUUCUCGCGAGACUUCAAGCAACUCAGCUUCUGCGCAUUGGAGGCUACUGAGAGUCGAGGCGCCAAGGAAGAGGGAGGGGAAGGCCGGGGGACGGUGCGGACGGCGUGGCCGCCAUCUUGUUUGUACCCCCGCUUCGCGCGCGCUCCGCUCUCCGUGACGCACGCUUCCCCUCCCCUCCGCGGUGCCCAGGCCUCCGCAUUGCCCUAUUCCGCUGGAGCGCGGGGGCGGCUCCGGCUCUUCCCUGCUCUCCUGAGCAGAGGGCAAGACAGUGUACUUAACUGGUAUGAAGGGCUGCCGAGAUCCAGGACCAGGGAAGACUUUGUCAAAAUGUCCACAGAAGGAGGAUUUGGUGGUACCAGCAGCAGUGAUGCCCAGCAAAAUCUACAGUCCUUCUGGCCUCGUGUCAUGGAAGAAAUACGGAAUUUAACAGUGAAAGAUUUCCGAGUACAGGAACUGCCAUUGGCUCGUAUUAAGAAGAUUAUGAAACUGGAUGAAGAUGUGAAGAUGAUCAGUGCAGAAGCCCCUGUGCUUUUUGCCAAGGCAGCCCAGAUUUUUAUCACAGAGUUGACUCUUCGAGCCUGGAUCCACACAGAGGAUAACAAGCGUCGGACUCUACAGAGGAAUGAUAUCGCCAUGGCAAUUACAAAAUUUGAUCAGUUUGACUUUCUCAUCGAUAUUGUUCCAAGAGAUGAAUUGAAACCUCCAAAGCGUCAGGAGGAGGUGCGCCAGUCUGUGACUCCUGCCGAGCCUGUCCAGUACUACUUCACGCUGGCUCAGCAGCCCACCGCCGUCCAAGUCCAGGGUCAGCAGCAAGGCCAGCAGACCACCAGCUCCACAACCACCAUCCAGCCCGGGCAGAUCAUCAUUGCGCAGCCUCAGCAGGGUCAGACCACACCAGUGACCAUGCAGGUUGGAGAAGGUCAGCAGGUGCAGAUUGUCCAGGCCCAGCCACAGGGUCAAGCCCAGCAGGCCCAGAGCAGCACUGGACAGACCAUGCAGGUGAUGCAGCAGAUCAUCACAAACACAGGAGAGAUCCAGCAGAUCCCGGUGCAGCUGAACACCGGCCAGCUACAGUACAUUCGCUUAGCCCAGCCUGUAUCAGGCACCCAAGUUGUGCAGGGACAGAUCCAGACGCUUGCCACCAAUGCUCAGCAGAUCACACAGACAGAGGUCCAGCAAGGACAGCAGCAGUUCAGCCAGUUCACAGAUGGACAGAGGAACAGCGUGCAGCAAGCUCCAGGCUCUGAGCUAACGGGAGAGGCAGAGCCCAGAGAAGUGAAAGCCACAGGAAAUGCAACUCCCUGCACCUCUUCCCCGCCCACUACACACACUCCCUCACACCGUGCUGGUGCCUCCUGUGUCUGCUGCUCCCAACCCCAGCAGAGCUCCACAUCCCCUCCUCCCUCUGACGCCUUGCAGUGGGUGGUGGUUGAAGUAUCUGGGGCCCCAAACCAACUCGAGGCCCAUAGGGAGCUGCAUGCCCCUCUCCCAGGGGUGACCUCACUCUCUCCUCUCCACCCCUCGCAGCAGCUCUACCAGAUCCAGCAAGUCACCAUGCCUGCCGGCCAGGACCUCGCCCAGCCCAUGUUCAUCCAGUCAGCUAACCAGCCCUCCGACGGGCAGGCCCCCCAGGUGACCGGAGACUGAGGGCCUGAGCUGGCAAGGCCAAGGACACCCAACACAAUUUUUGCCAUACAGCCCCAGGCAGUGGGCACAGCGUCCCUCCCCAGAGGACCCCGCCGACCUCAGCGCCUCCUGCAGGCUAGGACAUUGGUGCACUUCACCCCACACCUGGGGGCCGAGAUUCUCCAACAGAAAAAUGCAAUAUUUUUUAUUUCCUUUUUUUCUUUUUUAUUUUUCCACUGAGGAAUCAAUAUUUCAAUAUGUUGAGCUGUGUGUCCAAUGCUAUGAAAUGAAAAUAUUAAAUAACAUAUUUAUGGCAUUUUCUUGAAGAGUGUGGUUGAAGAUAUAUUUCUUUUGUUUUUCUUUUUUGGGGUUUUACUUCCACUUCUUUUUAGGAGCAAAUCUCCUAAUGGGUGUAUGUUAUCUCCUGACUCUUGGAAUAGCCGCUGCCCCCAGGAUUUUCCAUCUUUUCUGUCCUCUGAUUAAGGUGACUGCGUGUAGCUUCUUUUUCAUUAGUGGUCUUCUCUCCUUGUCCCUGCUCCUGCCCUGGAGCUCUGUGCACCUGCAUCCAGAGGCCAUGGGAACAUCCUUGCAUUUAAGAGAUGAACUCAUUCGCCAUGGAGAGGAGAGUGGAUGGUUUCAUUCCCAGGCCCUAAUCUCCCAGGGAUCCAAGGAGACUAGAACUUUGUGCAUUUACCUCCAUACACACAUUUUUAUUUUUUAAAUGCAUUAAGAAUUGUGCUAGUCUCCUUUGCUGCAUGGACAUCAAUGCAUGACAUGAAAUAAACCUCAUUUUAGACAAUUAAAA